AUGAUGGCCCAGCUAUUGCUCAUCAUUUGCGGCUGCCUCGGCUCCGGGGAGACGGAGCAAAGUGCAAGUGACGUACAAGUCGUUGAGGUCGAUCUGCAGAACUCGUCGUCAUCUACUGCAUCGGGCUCCGCUCCGGCCAAACGAUCUGUCGCUACAUCCCCGAUCCGCCAUACGCCCGUACGAGAUCUCGAUGAGGUGUCGGUGGAAAUAGAAGUGAAGCCGCUGCUCCCCUACGACGCCUACAAGUCGCUUCCCGACGUCAUCUGGCUGGCUAUCAUGAAGCUGUUCACCCCGUUGGACUUGCUGAACUUGGCGGGGGCCGACCAAUAUUUCAAGUACGGCGUUGGCCCAGACUGGCGCCUGCCGGCCCCGGAGCAGUACAAAACACCCCCCUCAAUACGCGCCCACACCGCCAUGCUUCAGGUCAAGGGCCCAAAGGACGAUCUCAUCGCGCAGCUUGCUUCCAUGGAUCCUUUCUGCGUGGCCAUGCACGCCGACCCGACCGCCAUCACGGGCACGUUCAGCUCCGAAGUGAAAAAAGUCACCACAUUUAUGCCGCGCCUGAAAAAGCUGUGGCUCGGCCUGGGCUCUAACAUCUCCGAGCUGUCGGUACUCGCUGAAAUUCUCGUCCCCAACCUAGCCAUUUACAUCUCACUUGUCAAGCAGAAAGAUUCGCUCAACCCAACCGCUCUCUUCAAGCUGUUUCUGGAGACGCUCGGCAACAUGAUCGGGCAAUGGGAGCGAGGUGAACGCGAGAUUGGGCUCAUCUUCAUCAACUCGCACCGGAACGAUGGCGAGUGCGAAGACUGGUCGUCGACGCCUCUGGACCCGUCCAAACUGGCCGAGGUGUUGUGCAAGGGGAAGUCGGACGCCCGUCAGAUUGACGUUUUUGUUGACAAGGAUGCCGACCCGCUACCAUCUGCUACACCGUACGCUUACUUCGUCAUUCGGCGCCACGAAUCGAGCAGCCACGGGCUCGUCGUCGCUUGCCUCGACGCAAAGAUCGUGCUCGCCAGCUGCGAUUACAAUUUCCGCAGGACCCGCAGCUGGCGCCAGCGAAACGCCUACGUGGCCAAAUGCUGUGAGGCAGAGAACUCGAUUCGCCGAGCAUACGAUGGAAACAGAACGGAUUAUGGUCGUUGUAAGGAGCGCCUCCGCGUUUCGCGUCGGUGCGCUGCAGAAGCGGAGAAACAUUGGCUCCAGACGAUGCCCGACAACACGAUCCCUACCCGCGAGCUGACCAUCGAUCGCCUCCUCGAAGGCUGGUACCCGCUGGAUCACUGGCAAAUGUUCUCGAAGACCCCUGAUUUCUCCGGAGCACGCGACCCGAUUUUGAUGACGUACCUCCACAUGCCGAUGCCA